AAAUGGUUGUAUCAAUAUCGAAGUUUACCCUAAAAAAAGCAAAAAUCAAACAUGCAUUGUAAUGUACUGAAAUCACAGAUCAACAGGUACCCAAUAGUAAAUGGUAAAAUCUGGCUCAGCUAUUUAUAAAAUUAUAGCCGAUAUGAAAGAUUAUGAUAGUUUCUGGUCUUUGAGUGGAAAGUUUUGCAACACAUUUUUAUAAUCAGACCAAGGAGCUGAAAAUGUUGCCAAAAAGUGUGGUUUGUGUGGGGUUAUGUCAUUACACGUGGUAAUGUAACACACAUGCGCAUAUUUGUCAACCAUGGGAACUAACAGAGAGGUGACGUGAGGUUAAUGCGUUGUUUAUUUUUCUCUACAUUUUAAAAUGGCAGAUUGCAGCUGGACACGAACACAUCAUACACCAUCAAUAUUAGAAGUAUUUAUGUCCAGGCAAAGGUAAACUUCAGCUAUGCUGUAAUCUAGUGGGACCAUAAAACAACCCAUUCAUGUGCGAUUGGCAGUGAAACUUCAGCUUUUUUUCUCUACGGACUUGCACAAACCCAGUGUUACGGAUUGUGGAUUACAGAUCGCGGACUUGUCUUAAAGGAUCAACCACAGGGAUAAAGGUUCCUGGGCCCGGUCUCGUGGAGCUAAGACACAAGAGUCACCAGGAAGGGAAAGGUGUGGGAGUGCCAGCCAGCACCUCAAAACAAGGUCUCCAAACUCCAGACAGUUUGAACUAACCGGGCAGUAUGGACACACAGAUAAUUUAUGAUCUUUUGGGGGAAAAUGCUUGGUUGUACAUCUCAGGCACAUUUGCGGUCCUGUGGGUGCUGGUGUGGCUGUACAGAGACAGUGUUGAAGUGGAUAACAUCGGAGAGAAGUAUGUUGUGACCGGCUGCGAUUCGGGAUUUGGAAACCUCCUCUGCAGGAAGUUGGAUCGUAAAGGAUUCUGUGUUCUGGCCGGAUGUCUGACGGAGAAGGGCGCCGAUGAUCUGAAGAGGGUGUCAAGCUCCAAACUGAAAACUGUCUCGCUAAAUGUGACAAGCCAGGACAGCAUACAGAAAGCAAUGGAGUGGACUAGGAAGGAAGUUGGAGAUAAGGGACUUUGGGGUAUUGUCAACAACGCAGGCCGGGCGCUACCCAUGGGUCCGUCUGAGUGGAUGAAAAUAGAGGACUUCCACAGCACGCUCAGAGUCAACAUGGAUGGAGUGAUCGCCAUGACGAUGACCUUUCUGCCCCUCAUCAAGAAAGCCCGAGGUCGAAUCGUGAACGUGGCGUCAGUGCUGGGGCGGGUGGCUGCAAACGGAGGAGGAUACUGUAUCUCCAAGUUUGCGGUGGAGGCUUUCUCUGACUGUCUCAGGAGGGAUAUAAACUACUUUGGGGUGAAUGUCUGCAUCAUUGAACCGGGGUUUUUCAAGACAGCCGUGACCAGUCUGGAGCCUAUAGAGAGAGAGCUGCACCGCCUCUGGAACCAGCUCAGCCCAGAAGUACAAGCCAGCUACGGAGACAAGUAUCUGGACAAGUACAUCCAAGUGCAGCGGCUGAUCAUGAACGCUGUGUGUGACUCUGACCUCUCCAAAGUUACCAACUGUAUGGAGCACGCCAUCUCCGCUGCCCAUCCCAGGACCAGAUACAGCGCCGGGUGGGAUGCCAAACUGCUCUGGAUUCCCCUCUCAUACAUGCCCUCGUUCGUGGUUGACCUGGGACUCAAACUGGUGCUGCCACGUCCUUCAAAAAGUGUCUAAGCCAAGAUCAGAUUUACAAGGUUUUGUGUUGUUUUGAUUGCACACAGAAGUUAAAGGUGCACUAUGUAACUUUUCUGGUUGGGGGUCCACCACUUCCAUGUCUCACUGGAAAUGUUUUUGCUUUGGCUUGAAUAUUCCACACUAUAGUAUUAAAUUUAUUUGCAUACAUAUAUUUUGUUACAGGUUUUUAUUGUUCAAAAUAUUUGCUUUCUUACUGUAAGUGAACUCACCUUUCCACAGAUCUAACCAGUGAACCUUUAAACUGUAGAAUAUGCAAUAUAUACUUUUAUGUGUAUUUAUGUCUGUACCAUUGUACUGUGUAACCAAUUGUUAUGAAUGUUACACCCUUCAGUGCCUUCUGCUGUCUGUUAAUAUAGAACAAUGAAGAAAUGUGAAAUGCCUAUGUAACUAACAAAUUAUGUCACUCUAUUAUUGCGUUAUGCCAACAUAAUAAAACUGAUAAAAAUGGAAAGUCAUUCCCCCAAACUG